GAAGAGUGCGAGUGGAGUUGCCAUUCAAGAGCUAGUUGUUCUGGUUGUAAGUGAUGGGCGGCUAGUUAAGAUCCCCGUGGAAGAGUUCCCAUCGUCCGGACCGCUAAAUUACUAUCAGGUACAUCUACAGUAGUACUUUUUUUUAACUGGUUAUGAGAGUUACGAAGAUUACAUGAAGGCAGCAUUGGCUAGCCGCCUGCCACGUUAGCGUGACGUAUGAGGAGGAGGUGUCUGGGCUGUGAGGCGUCUAAACUCGGACAAGAAAGCCUCAAUUGUAAUUUUAAACGUCGUCCGACACAGGAGUGACACUCCCACUUGAAUCAUUACAAAUCAUGGACCCGAACACCAGCGGACUCCUGCAGAGGCUGACAGAGGCCGGCCAGUCUCACCUGCUGCACUUCUGGGACAAGCUGAGCCCCGACGAGCGUGCCUGCUUGAACCAGGAGCUGCAGGGGAUAGACUUCCAGGAGGUCAACGGCUUCUUCAAGAGGGCCAUGGAGUCAUCCGGCUCUGGUGGCAAGAACGAAAAGAUGGACGCCCGCAUGGAGCCGGUGCCCCAAGAUGUGCUGGGGAGCGUCACGAGGGACAGGGGAAGUCUUAAACGCUGGGAGCAAAAAGGUCUGGAAUGCAUCUCCCAGGGUAAAGUGGCAGUGCUACUCCUGGCCGGCGGUCAGGGAACCAGACUGGGGGUCUCCUACCCCAAAGGCAUGUAUGACGUGGGGCUUCCGUCCAAGAAGACCCUCUUCCAAAUUCAGGCAGAGCGCAUUUUGAAGCUGCAGCAUCUGAGUGAGGAGAAGCACAAGAGCAAGUGCACGAUUCCCUGGUACAUCAUGACGAGCGGCAGGACCAUGGAAUCCACCAAGGACUUCUUCUCACGCCGAAACUACUUUGGUUUGGACAAGAACAACGUCAUCUUCUUUCAGCAGGGCAUGCUGCCAGCCAUGGACUACGACGGCAAGAUCAUCCUGGAGAAUAAAUGCAAGCUGUCCAUGGCUCCUGACGGGAACGGGGGUCUGUACAGAGCCUUGGGCAACCAGGGCAUCUGUGACGACAUGCAGCGGAGGGGGAUUGAGUUCAUACAUGUGUACUGUGUGGACAACAUCCUGGUCAAAGUGGCUGACCCAGCAUUUGUCGGUUUCUGUGUGGAGAAGAAUGCUGACUGUGGCGCUAAGGUGGUGGAGAAAAGCAACCCGACGGAGGCCGUCGGCGUGGUGUGUAAGGUAGACGGGCUUUACCAGGUGGUGGAGUACAGCGAGAUCACCCUGGCGACGGCCGAGAAGCGCAGCGCCGACGGCCGCCUUAUGUUCAACGCGGGCAACGUGGCCAAUCAUUUCUUCAGCUUCUCCUUCCUCAAAGACAUAGUGGAGAAGUACGAACCAAAGCUUCAGCACCACGUGGCCCGCAAGAAGAUCCCGUUUGUGGACCACCAGGGUCAACUCAUCACCCCCGACAAACCCAAUGGAAUUAAAAUGGAAAAAUUCGUCUUUGACAUCUUCCAGUUUGCCAAGACCUUUGUGGUGUACGAGGUGCUGAGGGAAGACGAGUUCUCCCCGCUGAAGAACUCCGACCACCAAGACGGGAAGGACACGCCCACCACCGCCAGACACGCCCUCAUGUCCCUCCACCACCGCUGGGUGCUGAACGCCGGUGGCCACUUCAUCGACGAGAAUGGCACGCGCGUGCCUGCCAUACCCAGUGUUUCCAGAGCUGGAGCAGCAGGCCCUGUCACAGAUGAUGGCAACAGAAACCUAAAAGACGGAACGGACCAUCCAAUCAAAUGUGAGAUCUCACCGCUGGUGUCCUACGGGGGGGAGGGUCUGGAAGUGCUGGUGAAGGAUCGAGGCUUCCACCCGACGCUCAUCAUCGAGGAGAGCGGCAUCAAGAGCGGUUUCUAGGCAGCGAGGGGGGGACCAAUCCAAAGACACCAACCCUUCUGUUCCUCUGGGAUAAGCUGUGAUGUCAUCAAUGUGCAAUAACAGUGUCAGUGUGCAUGCGCACGAAAGCGAUGCGCAAAACGAACCAACGAGAUGAAGUGAGCACCCUCUGUAUGUAUGACGACGAUCCUUUGGGAGGAGAGCUUGUGGGUCUGGUGCAUCUAUUUAUUUAGCUGAUGAGACUUAUUUUUUUAUAUUAUGUAUCCUGUCAUGAGAUAUUUCACAUCUGCUCAAGUUUACUUGAUGAUUUUUAGAGCACAUUGGAACUGGAAUGAUCUGGCUUUUGAAUUAUGUACAGGGCAGGAUGUGGGAGCUAUUCUUCUAAUUAUUAAUGAUGGAACAUGACUCAGCUCAAUGUGAUGCGUAUUAAAGGAGAAGGGGGAAAAAAACGCUUUUGAAUGGUUGGUCUUUUUUUGUGGCGACCUGCGGCAAGCAAAGUGGGGGACCACGGGGGCGGGGGCCACCUAUUGAGAAUCUGCCAUGUGUGAAUCAUCAGUGAAAUGUUUCUAUCCACACUUGAGGACGAAAUUUUGCACUCUCUGCUUUAGAUGCUCACAGAGCUGAAGUCUUACAAGAUUUGCUGCCAUCAUACAUUACGAUGGUGGUUUAAAUUGUUGGACAUUGGAGGCAUAUUUUCCCCCCCAAAAUGUUGAUGUUUGAACACCAAACUCCACUUUGAGUAGUUUUGCACCGGCAACCGUGCUAUACAAUUCUGUUUUGGAACCACAACUGUGUUUCUGACUAACGCAAGUUGUGCUUUUUGCAUUAGGGUCGUAGAGGUGUCCUGAGACUCAAAGUUUCCAGAAACAGGUCUAUGUUUAGGAUAGGGCAAAGCAACACGACACCGCUUGGCGUCACAUCCUGCCCUGCUAAUUGCAUUAUGACGAUCUUGGACAUACUGCGUGAUAUACUAUAAACAGAUGUAACAGAGAAUCCGUUAAUUUUUCAAAAUAAAACAUCUUUCAGA